UGACCCCUCACAGUCGCACCCGCCGUUCAGUGGGAUUAGAUUGUCUCAAGACGUUUAGAGGAUGGUUUUCUGUAGAGCAACACUAGGUGUAUACAGACGCAAGCUGAUUCUCCUGGCGUUCUUGAGUGUAAUACUCUACAUUCUAGCUACACAGAGUGCUAUAAAACUACUGUCACCACACUCUGCAGAAAAAAGACAGCUACAGGCGUGUUUACGGGAGUAUAUGGAUACUCUACAGCCAUAUGCUUUUCUUAAUAACCAGACAAUAAUUUUAGAUAACCUAACACAGAUAGGUCUCUCGAUUGUAAACUUGACCAGGCCAAAGGUCAUGUUAACAACUGACCACGCCAAUAGCAAGCUUACACAAGAGGCUAACUUGACCUCUGACAAGGAUGCUAACCUGACUAUGGCAUACACAAACAAUUGGGUGGGAUUUCCCGAUCUGAGAAACAUCAACUGCACGGCGAUGCUGACAUUCAGGGGAAAUAACUCUCAAUACCCACAGGGAGUGAAUCGUGUUCAGGACCAACAACUCUUGAAUAUCUCGGCUGAUUGUUCGGAGUUUAUACACCGUUUUGGAUUUCAACGAUACCCUACCGCAACACAAGAGGAGAAAGAUUUUCCUUUGGCGUUCAUCAUUGUAUUCCAUACGAGCUUAGAUCAGGUUUUGUUCCUGCUCCGUGCCAUCUACCACCCCCACAACGUCUACUGCCUGCACCCCGACAGAAAGGUCAACGCCCUGAUGCUGGGGGCCGUUUUGUCCGCGGCCCGGUGUUUGCCGAAUGUGUUUGUGGCCGGCAGACUGGAGGAUGUCGUGUACGCCGGCUUCUCCCGGCUCAUGGCCGACAUCAACUGUAUGAGUGACCUCAUGGGUCAUCCGGUGCAGUGGCGAUACGUCAUCAACAUGCCGGGACAACAGUUUCCCCUCAGAACUAACUUGGAGAUGGUAAGGGUUCUCAAAUCGUUCAACGGAAGUAACGAUAUUGAAGGUCUACACUCGGACAAGGCGCUGUUGAAACAUAGAUACAUAUACAGACAUGUAGUCAAUACUAACGCGAAGACUGGUGAAAAGGCUAUGGCGAGAACGGGCGCUACAAAUCCGUCCCCACCCCACAAGCUACCGGUGACCAAGGGGAGUGCCUAUGGCUCGUUCACCCGGGGGUUCGUACAGUUUGUACUCAAUGACCCCGUGGCUAAGGAUUUGCUUGAGUGGAGCAGGGAUCUCUUAAGCCCUGAUGAAUAUUUCUGGGCGACACUUAAUUACAAUGACGUCAUAGAUGUCCCAGGCGGGACGAAAAACACAUCUACGUCACGCAAAUGGAUGACGUCAUCCUCCCUAUGGAGGGGAGAUAACAAAGUUAUCUGCUACAGCAAGUUCCUCCACGACGUCUGCAUCUACACGCCCGAAGACUUGCCCGCCCUGGUCAGCAGGGACUUCCUGUUCGCCAACAAACUCCACAUUGACCACCACCCAGCGGCCUUACACUGUCUGGACGAGAUGGUGGUCAACCUGACCCACUCGCGGCUGGUUAGAAACUUCGGCUCACGCUGACUGAUGUUCACGUUAACUGAAGCUCACGCUGACUUAGGUUCACGUUAACUGUAGCUCACGUUGACUUAGGCUCACGCAGACUGAUGUUCACGUUAACUGAAGCUCACGCUGACUUAGGUUCACGCAGACUGAUGUUCACGUUAACUAAAGCUCACGCUGACUGAUGUUCACGUUAACUGACGCUCACGUUAACUGAGGCUCACGUUGACUUAGGCUCACGUUGACUUAGGCUCACGUUGACUU